CUUUCAUCUUGUCAUCAGUCCCCGAAUAAUCGCCCAAAUGACAGAAAAUCAACACCAACAAUUCCAAAAGACCAACAAUGACAUCGUCCAAGUCUGUGUCAGAACUGCUUCCACCUCUGCAAGCAAUGACAUCUCACUAUGCAAUGUGUGUUUGCAAGACAGUCGAGGCAUGUUUCCAGAUGCACAGCGAUUCAAGCUGAAUGAGGAUCCUACCCCAUUACUUCUGGACACCGAUGGCAACAAAAUCGAACCUCUGCGCAUCGCAUUAAAUCAUGACAAGUUCUCUGGCGUUGUUUUAGGAGUACCGCAGUUCUGUAACUGCAGCAACAACCCUGCCAUGCAUUCUGUUACAUGGAGAAAUCCGGCAAAGCUUGUCUCCCAAGACCUUCAUUUACCAUCAUCAGCCUUGACUCCAUUUUUCAACUCAUCUCUUUCUACCCACAAUAACACACAAAACGAGAACAUCAACUCUAAUGUCGAAAAGAUUAUGGAGAUGUUGCUAGAGGCCAAAGAGAAGGAUGACAAAAUCCUUAAAAUGCAAUCAGCGAUGAUUAACCUGCAAUUGGAAGCUAAGGAGAAGGACGAACAGAUAAUUAAACUGCAAUUAGAGGCUAAGGAGAAAGGCGAUAAAAUACUUAAAAUGCAAAUGGAGGCUAUUAAUCUGCAACAACAGGCACUCGACAGACUCGUCAUCCUUCAACAGAAAGCCGAUGCUAUCCUUGUCCAGACCUUUGAGCUACAUGAAUAUCCAAUCCCUCGACUCUUUAUCAUUCUGCCUGUUGACAGCACCAAAUGGGACCCAAUGAAUGUCUUGAGGAACAAGGUUCGCCUUCAUUUCCUAUGUGAAUGUGAGGAUCGCUCUGAAAAGGCAAGCAAGGACAGCCAGAAGAACAAAACCCAUCUUGCCAGACAUGAAGGAUAUGAGAUCCGGAACAGCACAGAGUUCUUCCAAAAGUAUGGCAAAUACAUGAUCAUCUUGUUACAAGGACUCAAGUUGGGGAUGGGAACAACUCCAGGCUCAUCUCUGACACCAGCCCCAAAUCUGGUCGAUGCCGGCAUAAAAUAUUCGAUCGACUAUUUGAACGAACUCGAAAAGGAAAACCUAGGCUUGAGUGGCUUUAACACAAUGGAUGACUAUGAAGGACUUGAAGGAGCAGAUCUCCGACGACUGAGCACAUUCCUUCAAACCAAUGAUGAAAACAGGCAGCUUGGCAACUUGUACAGGAUCACGACAGAAGCAGGCCAUGUCAAAUGGGUUUGUGUCGAUCACUAUCGCUCAACGUAUAAAGAGAAAGAACAGAAAGCGUUUGAAGAUGUUGUGGAGAUGAAUGGAGGCAAAUAUGACUCACAGCUCGGUAAAGUGGUCAUUGAGUUGGUAUCCAGGAUCAGAGCUAGAGAGUUCUUCGAAGCCUUGACCAGAGCUAAACAUGUUUACGAGUUGGAUAUCACAUUCAGCGACUACUGGGAUUGGACCAAGACUGAUCUGGAAGCACUGAGGAAUGCACUGAGAGUAUCGAGUGUAUCGAUCCUUCGACUUGAUCUUGGACGAUCCCAAGAAAGCAUAACCUGGAAACUAUUUUCAGCAUCCACACGAUAUGAAAAGCUUGUAGGCAUCAUAGAACUUAACAACAUGAAAGUGAUUCAUGUUGUACUUCCUCCGGAAGUCAAAUAUCUUUCCAAUCUACAAAGCGUAAAAUCGCUACACCUUCACAAGUUAUCCUUUGAGAUGAGACCUCGAAAGAUGAUAACUAGUGAUUUCCGACUGCUUAUGAAUUCGCUCGAGGCUUUGGUCAUUUUGGAUUUAGCAUCCAACUCGAUUGGAGAUAAAGAGGCUCUGGCACUGUCAGAGGCACUCAAGGUCAACACCAGUCUGACCUAUUUGGACUUAAGUCACAACUCAAUUGGGAAUGAAGGAGCUCUGGCACUGUCAGAGGCACUCAAGACCAACGCCAGUUUAGCCAAUUUGAACUUGGGGGACAAUUCAAUUGGGAAUGAAGGAGCUCUGGCACUGUCAGAGGCACUCAAGGUCAACACCAGUCUGACCAAUUUGGACUUGAGUUACAACUCAAUUGGGAAAGAAGGAGUUCAGGCACUGUCAGAAGCACUCAAGACAAACACCAGUCUGACCAAUUUGGACUUGUGGGCCAACUCAAUUGGGGAUGAAGGAGCUCUGGCACUGUCAGAGGCACUCAAGACUAAUGUCAGUUUAAUCAAUUUAAACUUGGCGAACAACUCAAUUGGGGAAGAAGGAGCUCAGGGACUGUCAGAAGCACUCAAGACAAACACCAGUCUGACCAAAUUGAACUUGAUGGUCAACUCAAUUGGGAAAGAAGGAGCUCUGGCGCUGUCAGAGGCACUCCUGACCAACACCAGUCUGAUCAAUUUGGACUUGUGGGCCAACUCAAUUGGGGAUGAAGGAGCUCUGGCACUGUCAGAGGCACUCAAGACAAACACCAGUCUGACCAAAUUGAACUUAUACAAUAACUCAAUUGGAGAUGAAGGAGCUCUGGCACUGUCAAAGGCACUCAAGUCAAACACCAGUCUGGCCGAUUUGAACUUGAAGGCCAACUCAAUUGGGAAAGAAGGAGCCCUAGCGCUAUCAGAGGCACUCAUGAUAAACACCAGUCUGACCAACUUGUACUUGAAGUACAACUCAAUUGGAAAAGAAGGAGCUCUGGCGCUGUCAGAGGCGACCAAGAAUAACAUGACCUUGAGGGUUUUUUUAUGAGAAACGCCUUAAUCGAUAAGCAAAAUUGGCUGACUGAC